AUGGCGCUCUCAUAUAAGCAAACACAAAUAAUCCGGUCCACCAUUCCGGCGCUCCGGGACCAUGGCGAGCGCAUCACCACCACAUUCUACCGCAACAUGCUCCAGGCGCAUCCGGAGCUCCACAACAUCUUCAACGACGUCAACAUCGCCAACGCGCGGCAGCCGCGGGCGCUCACUGCACGCAUGUGCCACAAGCAUUGCUCGCUGGGGAUCAAGCCUGAGCACUACCAGAUUGUGGGCAAGUACCUGAUCGAUGCCUUUGGCGAGGUGCUAGGCCCCGUCAUGACAGCUGAGGCGCGAGUGGCCUGGGACAAGGCGUAUUGGGUGCUGGCUCGCAUGCUCAUCGGGCGCGAGGAGCAAAUGUACCGCGGGUUCGAGAGCGAGGGCUGGAAGGGUUGGCGCAAGUUCUGGGACGGCAAGAGGCUACCCGAGUUCCUCCCCGGCCAGUACAUCUCAAUCAAGCUCGAGAUGGACAGCGGCUACGUGCAGCUAAGGCAAUUUGCCCUCAGCGAUUCGCCCAAGCCUGACCACUACCGCAUCACGGUCAAGCGCGACCGGGGCAUGCAGGUGAAGAAGGCGGGCGGUGUCACCAACGUAAGCCCGGGCGUUGUGUCCAACAUCAUGCUAGACGACCUGCAGAGGGGUGACGAGGUCGAGGUGUCCCACCCGGCGGGCGAAAUCUUCCUCGACCGGCUCAGCGGCGGCCAACACGUACCCAUCGUCCUCAUUUCUGCCGGCGUCGGCGUGGCCCCCAUGAUCUCUAUCCUCAACUCCGUCAUCGAGCACCAGCCUUCGCGGCCCGUCUCCUUCAUCCACGGCUCCCAGCGAGACAUGCCCUUUGAGGACCACGUCCGCCGCGUCAGGCAGGCCGCUCCCAACGUCUCGGUCAACAUCUUCAAGUCGCGGCUGGCCGAGGCUGACCUCAUCGGCGUCGACUUUGACUACGAUGCCCGUGUGGACUUGGCCGCCGUGAAGCCCGAGGACCUCUAUCUCAACAACGGCUCAGCCGAGUACUACAUUGCGGACCCGAGCAAGCUCCAGGUCAAGACUCAGUAA